AUGUCACUUUUUAAACCAGCUUCACAUUUACUUUUAUACUCCUUCGUAUUUGGAGGCACUACGUUUUAUUCAUACGUUGCCUCUCCUAUCGCAUUUAAAUGGCUUGAUAGGGAGAACUUCUCUCUACUGCAAAGCAAGGUAUUCCCGCUUUUCUUUCAGAUGCAAGCUGCAUCCCCUAUCAUUUUAGGUCUAACUGCACCGAUAACUCUUGCUGGAGGGCCAUUGGCCGCUCUAGCCACGGCCUCUGUUGCAGGAUUGACAAACUUAUGCUGGCUAUUACCCAAAACUCGCAAAAUCAAGGAAGAAAGAAAGGGACUUCAGUCAAGAUUGACUGGUGAGGAGCUGGAAUCGUUUGAUGGCCCCUUACGCAAGAAAUUUGGUAAAUUCCACGGCUUGAGCUUGCUAUUUAACUUGACAAAUGCAUGUAGCAUGCUCGUUUAUGGUGUCUACUUAUGUAAGGGCCUAUUAAAACAUGUACCUAAAUGA